AUGAUGAUGAUGAUGAUGAUGAUGAAGAUGCGGACUGCUGCACAAUUCAGGUCUCAGUUGUGGAGUCUGAAGACGCCUAGCCUCUGUCACAGAAGCUUUGCUGCCAUCUCCACUUACAAAGCUGUCAUUUUUGACAUGUAUGGAGUGCUCAUUCCGUCACCUGUCAAAGUGGCAACAGGUAUGUCAUAUGUACCACACAAUGUACCACACAAUGUACCACACAAGCCUUGCAUAACACAACAUCAAAAAUAGUCAAUUACGGGAGGCCUACUUAUUUCCGUUCAACUCCUAAUGGAGCAAAGGGCCUCAAGACAUACAAGUCAAUACAGUGCAACAUAAUAUUCUUGGUCUCUUUUUUCUCUGUAGUGUUUGAACAACAGAACAGUGUUCCUCUGGGCACGCUGGGCAAGGCCAUCAGGACAGGUGGUGAGGUGAACGCGUGGAAGAGGUUCAUGCGUGGAGAGCUUGGGGCUGAGGAGUUUGUGGAGGCCUUCGGCAGGCAAUGCAGUGAGAUAGUGAGCUUCUGUCUAUUACAUCACGACUAGCCAUGUAUCUCUGUACCUACAGCCUGUACCCUAUUGGCCCUGGUCUAAAGUAGUGCACUAAACAAGGGAAUAGGGUGCCGUUUGGGAUUCACCCCCAUAUCUUCAUUCAUUAUCCCCCUCUGCUGCUCCACCCUCAGGCAGGAUGUCCUGUUCCCAUUGGCUCAUUCUUGUCUGACCUGACCAGUGGGCCAAUGACCAAGCCUCUACCCGUCAUGAUGGAGGCCAUAUUGUGUGCUCGCUCCAGGGGCCUGAAGACUGCUGUCCUCAGCAACAACUUCCUCCAGCUGAACGGUGACCCCUUCCUGCCUCUGGACCACUCUCUCUUCGAUGUGGUGACUAAGCAUUUUAUGUUUACAUUGCCUGCGUCCCAAAUAGCCCCCUAUUCCCUAUAUAGUGCACUACUUUUGAUCAGAGCCCUAUGGGAGCCCUAUAGACCUUGGUCAAAAGUAGUGCACUACAUAGGAAUUGGGACGUAAGCAUUAUAUAGUAAUGAUAUUAAAAGUAAAUAGUAGCUGUGUAACAGUUAGUGCAGAAAUUGCAUUAUGAAUUCAAUGCAGACUUUCUCUCUCUCUCUCUCUCUCCCCCCCAUCUGUUCCCAUCCCCUCUCUCACCAUCCCUCUUUCCCACCUCUCUCAUUACUGCUGUACCCCCUAACCAUUCCUCUCUCUCUCUCCCCCUCCAUCCAUCUCUGGUUGUAGAUAGUUGAAUCGUGUAGGGAGGGCCUCAGUAAGCCAGACCCCAGGAUCUACCACCUGUGUCUGAACAGACUGGGUGUCUCUGCCCAUGAAGCUGUGUUCCUGGAUGACCUGGAGUUCAACGUUAAGGCAGCUGCCCAGCUAGGGAUGCAUGCUAUCAAGGUGAGUGAGCCCCAUCUCUGCAUUCAUAACUCCCCCUUACCAAUACCACUGUAUCUUGGAGAUUUUGUGGUGCACUGUGCAAGUGAACGCUCUCGUUGUUUCAUUGAGCAAUGUUUCAACCUGAAGGUCUUCCCCAAGCUUCGUAGUAGUCACAAAACACUAGGGAACAUAACCCACAGACUGUGACAGAGCCACUAGUUGUUGAUAGAUAUUGUUAUCCAGGUAGGGGACCUUGCAGUGGCAGUGAAGGAGCUGGAAGGGGUGCUGGGUAUCCCCCUGUCAGGGUUUGUUCCUGGGCCAGGCUCUGGGGCCACAAAGCUCCCUAUGGACCAACUCACACAGUACCUGAGGAAGGCUCUCCAUCUGUCUGACAAAGGUACAUCUAUCAAUGUAUUUUUUUCUCCCCAAUUUUCGAUCUUGUCUCAUUGCUGCAACUCCCCAACGAGCUCUGGAGGCGAAGGUCAAGUUAUACGUCCUCCGAAACAUGACACGCCAAACCGCGCUUCUUAACACCCACCUAAAGUCCCAACCGACUUGCCAAAACUAUAUUUUGUUAACAAGAAAUGUGUGGAGUGGUUGAAAAACGAGUUUUAAUGACUCCAACCUAAGUGUAUGUAAACUUCCGACUUCAACUGUAUAUCCAUUUCAAAAUGUCUGUCUAGAAAUGGAUAGAAUUGAUAUUACCUCAGUGUUGUCAGUACAAAGUUCAGUAGCCUCUAAAGGCACUGGGGGAAGGAAGGACCAGGGACAUGUAUGUUGAUCUAUGCUGUCUGUUUCAAAGCUCUCCUGUAUGAAGACGGUGGCUGUGUCCCAAAUGGCAACAUAUUCCUAAAGGCCCUUGUCAAAAGAAGUGGGAAUAAGGGUGUCUCUAUUUACUGUUGUUGAUACAGUCUGUCUCUAUAUCUGAAUCAGACCCUGUUCCUGUCCAACAACUCAGCCCCAGCCAGUCAAACUCCUUAUAUCACUUGACCACUGGAGGGCGCCAUCUACUCCUGAGGAAACAGCAGAAGGGCUCCCAAGCCAUGGAGACAGAGUACAGGUAGGGUCGCUCCAACACACCACCUACCUAGCUGUGGGAAUCAGAUGGGUGUGAGAUGGAAGUGAUCAGCAUCUGGAUUGAUCAUCCCUCUCUCCUAUCUAGAUCACUUGCCCGCGUCCCAAACGGCACCAUGUUCCCUAUGGGCCCUGGUCAAAAGUAGUGCACUAUAGAGGGAAUAGGGUGCCAUUUCUUCAUACAUCACUCUAUUCUCUGUACUCCACAGGUUAUUGAAAGCUCUCAAUGGAUCCGGCAUCCCUGUUCCAGAGAUCAUUGGUCUGUGUGAGGACCCAAGGUGAGAACACACACUGCCUGAUGGACACACACACACACACACACACACACACACACACACACACACACACACACACACACACAAACACAAACACAAACAUACAUACACUCAUGCACGUUACAUAGUUUGUCUGUCUCUGUCUUCUUCCUGUAUGUGGUUGUGUUGUUCAGUGUCCUGGGUGCUCCCUUCCUCUUGAUGGAGGUCUGUCUAGGGAGGAUGUUCAGUGACCCCUCCCUGCCAGGCCUGACCCCUGGGGACAGGAGGGCCUUGUACCAAGCCAUGGAACACACACUCUGCCAGAUCCACCGUCUAGAUACUACAGCAGUCGGCCUGGAGGACUACGGCGAGCCAGGUGAUUCAUUAAUGAAUUAACAAAGAUUGUUUUGUGUCAUUAUCUCUCCUUCUCUCUCUCUCUCUCCUUCUCUCUCUUUCUCUCUCUCUCUCCUUCUCUCUCCAUCUCUCUCUCCCCUUCUCAUCUCUCUCUCUCUCUCCUUCACUCUCUCCUCUCUCUCACUUUCUCUCUCGCUUUCACUCUCUCUCUCCUCUCAAUUCAAUUUUAGGGCUUUAUUGGCAUGGGAAACGUAUGUUAACAUUGUCAAAGCAAGUGAAAUAGAUAAUAAACUAAUGUGAAAUAAACAAUAGAACAGAACAGUAAACAUUACACUCACAAAAGUUCAAAAAUAAUAAAUACAUUUCAAAUGUGAUAUUAUGGCUAUGUACAGUGUUGUAACGAUGUGCAAAUAGUUAAAGUAAAAAAGGGAAAAUAAAUAAACAUAAAUAUCGGUUGUAUUUACAAUGGUGUUUGUUCUUCACUGGUUGCCCUUUUCUUGUGGCAACAGGUCACAAAUCUUGCUGCUGUGAUGGCACACUCCAAUAGAUAUGGGAGUUUAUCAAAAUUGGAUUUGUUUUUUUUCGAAUUCUUUGUGGGUCUGUCUAAUCUGAGGGAAAUAUGUGUCUCUAAUAUGGUCAUACAUUUGGCAGGUUAGGAAGUGCAGCUCAGUUUCCACCUCAUUUUGUGGGCAGUGUGCAAAUAGCCUGUCUUCUCUUGAGAGCCAGGUCUGCCUACGGCGGCCUUUCUCAAUAGCAAGGCUAUGCUCACUGAGUCUAUACAUUGUCAAAGUUUUCCUUAAUUUUGGGUCAGUCACAGUGGUCAGGUAUUCUGCCACUGUGUACUCUCUAUUUAGGGCCAAAUAGCAUUCUAGUUUGCUCAGUUUUUUUGUUAAUUCUUUCCAAUGUGUCGAGUAAUUCUCUUUUUCCAAUGUGUCGAGUAAUUCUCUUUUUGUUUUCUCAUGAUUUGGUUGGGUCUAAUUGUGUUGCUGUCCUGGGGCUCUGUGGGGUCUGUUUGUGUUUGUGAACAGAGCCCUAGGACCAGCUUGCUUAGGGGACUCUUCUCCAGGUUCAUCUCUCUGUAGGUGAUGGCUUUGUUAUGGAAGGUUUGGGAAUCGCAUCCUUUUAGGUGGUUGUAGAGUUUAACAGCUCUUUUCUGGAUUUUGAUAAUUUGCGGGUAUCGGCCUAAUUCUGCUCUGCAUGCAUUAUUUGGUGUUUUACGUUGUACACAGAGGAUAUUUUUGCAGAAUUAUGCAUGCAGUCUCAAUUUGGUGUUUGUCCCAUUUUGUGAAUUCUUGGUUGGUGAGCGGACCACAGACCUCACAACCAUAAAGGGCAAUGGGUUCUAUAACUGAUUCAAGUAUUUUUAGCCAGAUCCUAAUUGGUAUGUCAAAUUUUAUGUGCCUUUUGAUGGCGUAGAAGGCCCUUCUUGCCUUGUCUCUCAGAUCUUUUUUGGAACACCAUUAUUUUUGUCUUACUAAGAUUUACUGUCAGGGCCCAGGUCUGACAGAAUCUGUGCAGAAGAUCUAUGUGCUGCUGUAGGCCCUCCUUGGUUGGUGACAGAAGCACUAGAUCAUCAGCAAACAGUAGACAUUUGACUUCAGAUUCUAGUAGGGUGAGGCCGGGUGCUGCAGACUGUUCUAGUGCCCUCACCAAUUUGUUGAUAUAUAUGUUGAAUAGGUUUGGGGCUUAAGCUGCAUCCCUGUCUCACCCCACGGCCCUGUGGAAAGAAAUCUGUGUGUUUUUUGCCAAUUUUAAAGCACACUUGUUGUUUGUGUACAUGGAUUUUAUGAUGUUGUAUGUUUUUCCCCCAACACCACUUUCCAUAAAUUUGUAUAGCAGACCCUCAUGCCAAAUUGAGUCAAAAGCUUUUUUGAGUAGACUUUGCCUUUGUUUUGUUUUGUUUGUCAAUUAGGGUGUGCAGGGUGAAUGCGCGGUCUGUCGUACGGUAAUUUGGUAAAAAGCCAAUUUGACAUUUGCUCAGUACAUUGUUUUCACUGAGGAAAUGUGCGAGUCUUCUGUUAAUGAUAAUGCAGAGGAUUUUCCCAAGGUUGCUGUUGACGCAUAUCUUUCUCUCUCUCUCCUUCUGUCUCUCUCUCUCUCUUCUUAUCUCGCUCUCCUUCUGUCUCUCUCUCUCUCUCUCUCUCUCUCUCUCUUCUUAUCUCUCUCUCCUUCUGUCUCUCUCUCGCUUCUUAUCUCUCUCUUCCUCUAGCUCUCCUCUCAUUCUCUCUCUCUCAUCCUUAUCUCGUCUCGUCCUUCUGGUUCUCUCUCUUCUUAUAUCUCUCGCUCAUCUCUCUCUCUUUCUCUCUCUCUCCUUUCUGUCUCUCUCUCUUCUUCCUCUCCUCUUCUCUCUCCCUUCUUUACUGUCUCUCUCUCUUCUCUCUUCUAUCUCUCUCCUUCUUUCUCUCUCUCCUCUCUCUUUCCCCCUUCUCUCUCUUUCUUCUCUCUCCCUUGCUCUCUCUCUCUCUCUCCUUAUCUCUCUCUCCUUCUGUCUCUCUCUCUCUCUCUUCUUCUCUCUCUCCUUCUGUCUCUCUCUUCUUAUCUCUCUCUCCUUCUGUCUCUCUCUCUCUCUCUUCUAUCUCUCUCCUCUGUCUCUCUCUCUCUCUCCUCUCUUCUUACUCUCUCUCUCAUUCUGUCUCUCUCUCUCUCUUCUUAUCUCUCUCUCCUUCUCUCUCUCUCUUCUUAUCUCUCUCUCCUUCUGUCUCUCUCUUCUUAUCUCUCUCUCCUUCUGUCUGUCUCUCUCUCUUCUUAUCUCUCUCUCCUUCUGUCUCUCUCUCUCUCUUCUUAUCUCUCUCUCCUUCUGUCUCUCUCUCUCUCUCUCUUCUUAUCUCUCUCUCCUUCUCUCUCUCUUCUUAUCUCUCUCUCCUUCUCUCUCCUCUGUAGUAGAUGACACGGGGCUUCAGGUAGAGUGGUGGAGUCAGCGGUACAGGGACAGUGAGACUCUGCCCAUCCCAGCCAUGGAUAGACUGAUACAGUGGCUUCCUCUGCACCUCCCCAAACACCAGAGAUCUACGCUGAUCCAUGGCAGCUUCAGGUGUAACACACACGCACAGCGUGUACACAUUUACAUAAUCAGCAGUAAUAUUUGUAUUUGAAAAGUCCUGAUUAGGUAUGCGUUCCACAUGAUACCCUAUUCCCCCAUAUAGUGCACUAAUUCCAUGGCUCUGGUCAAAAGUAGUAUGCUAUAAAGGGUGCCAUUUUGGACACAGACAUGGUGAAAUGAAUCCAACCCAAACCCCCUUUGAUCCAUAGACUGGAGAACCUUGUGUUCCACCCAGAGAAGCCGGAGGUGGUGGCAGUGCUGGAUUGGGGCCGCUCAAACCUGGGUGACCCCCUAUCAGACCUGACUUUCAGCUGCAUGGCUCGCUGCCUGCCCCAGGACAACCCACUACUGACAGGUACCAUUAUACUACCUAACCGUACUACUACACCCUACCAGCCUUCCUUUUGACCACGUCCACAGAUAGAACACUCAAAUGGCACCCUAUUCCUAUGGGCCCUGGUUGAACGUAGUGCACUAUAUAGGGCGCAUAGCCAAGAAGUAGUAUGCAUUUACACUGAAAGAAAAUAUAAACGCAACAUGUGUUGGUCCCAUGUUUAAUGAGCUUAAAUAAAAGAUCCCAGAGAUUUGCCAUAUGCACUAAAAGCUUAUUUCUCACAAAUGUUGUGGCCAAAUUAGUUGACAUCACUGUUAGUGAUCAUUUCUCCUAUGCCAAGAUAAUCCAUACACCUGACAGGUGUGGCAUAUCAAUAAGCUGAUUAAACAGCAUGAUCAUUACACAGGUGCACCUUGUGCUGGAGACAAUAAAAGCCACUCUAAAAUUAGAAUUUUGUCACAAAACACAAUGCCACAGAUGUCUCAAGUUUUGAGGGAGAGUGCAAUUGGCAUGCUGACUGCAGGAAUGUCCACCAGAGCUGUUGCCAGAGAAUUGAAUGUUAAUUUCUCUACCAUAAGCCGUCGUUUUAGAGAAUUUGGCAGUACGUCCAACCGGCCUCACAACUACAGACCACGUGUAUGGCGUCAUGUGGGCGAGCGGUUUGCUUAUGUCAACGUUGUGAACAGAAUGCCCCAUGGUGGAGGUGGGGUUAUGGUAUGGGCAGGCAGGCAGGCAUAAGCUACGGACAACUAACACAAUUGCAUUUUAUCGAUGGCAAUUUGAAUGCACAGAUACCGGGAUGAGAUCCUGAGGCCCAUUGUUGUGCCAUUCAUCCGCCGCAAUCACCUCAUGUUUCAGCAUGAUAAUGCACGGCCCCAUGUCGCAAGGAUCUUUUCAAAAUUCCUGGAAGCUGAAAAUGUCCCAGUUCUUCCAUGGCCUGCAUACUCACCAGACAUGUCACCCAUUGAGCAUGUUUGGGAUGCUCUGGAUCAACAUGUACGACAGCGUGUUCCAGUUCCCGCCAAUAUCCAGCAACUUCGCACAGCCAUUGAAGAGAAGUGGGACAACAUUCCACAGGCCACAAUCAACAGCCUGAUCAACUCUAUGCGAAGAUACUAGAAUGGCGCCGGAGAAGAUGGUUGCCGUUUUACAGCCCUCUAACCAAUUGUACUAUUAUGUGUGUUUUUCCGCGUUAUUUGUAAUUUAUUUUGUACAUAAUGUUUCUGUCAUCGUCUCUUAUAACCACAAAGAGCUUCUGGAUAUCAGGACAGCGAUUACUCACCUCGUAUUGGACGAAUAAUUUUUCUUCAACGAGGCGGCCGCGAAGGAUAUCCUACAGACACCCGACAAGGCCCAAAUCCCUGUCAUUCGCAUGAGGAAGAGACGGAGAUAUCGUGGACGUAGGUCGGGGUGCCUUGUAAGGAUCCGACGGCGAGCAAGUAAACUGCCGCUCCCAUCAAUCCUAUUAGCCAAUCUUCAAUCAUUGAAAAAUAAAUUGGAUGACCUCAGAUUUCGGUUAUCCUACCAACGGGACAUUAAAAACUGUAAUAUCUUUUGUUUCACUGAGUCGUGGCUGAACGACGACAUGGAUAACAUACAGCUAGCGGGCUAUACGCUACAUCGGCAGGAUAGAACGGCUGACUCCGGUAAGACAAGGGGUGGCGGUCUGUGUAUAUUUGUAAACAACAGCUGGUGCACAAAAUCAAAAACUAAGGAAGUCUCGAGGUUUUGCUCGCCUGAGGUAGAGUAUCUUAUGAUAAGCUGUAGACCACACUAUUUACCAAGAGAGUUUUCAUCUAUAUUUUUCAUAGCCGUCUAUUUACCACCACAAACCAAUGCUGACAUUAAGAUUGCACUGAAUGAGCUGUAUAAGGCCAUAAGUCAACAGGAAAACGCUCAUCCAGAGGCAGCGCUCCUAGUGGCCAGGGACUUUGAUGCAGGGAAACUUAAAUCUGUUCUACCUAAUUUCUACCAGCAUGUUAAAUGUGCAACCAGAGGGAAAAAAACUCUAGACCACCUUUACUCCACACACAGAGACGCAUACAAAGCUCUCCCUCGCCCUCCAUUUGGCAAAUCUGACCAUAACUCUAUCCUCCUGAUUCCUGCUUAUAAGCAAAAACUAAAGCAGGAAGCACCAGUGACUCGGUUAAUAAAAAAGUGGUCAGAUGACGCAGAUGCUAAGCUACAGGACUGUUUUUCUAGCACAGACUGGAACAUGUUCCGGGAUUCUUCAGAUAGCAUUGAGGAGUACACCACAUCAUCACUGGCUUCAUCAAUAAGUGCAUCGAUGAUGUCGUCCCCACAGUGACCAUACGUACAUACCCCAACCAGAAGCCAUGGAUUACAGGAAACAUCCGCACUGAGCUAAAGGGUAGAGCUGCCGCUUUCAAGGAACGGGACUCUAACCCGGACGCUUAUAAGAAAUCCUGCUAUGCCCUCCGACGAACCAUCAAACAGGCAAAAAGUCAAUACAGGACUAAGAUUGAAUCGUACUACACCGGCUCUGACGCUCGUCGGAUGUGGCAGGGCUUGAAAACUAUUACAGACUACAAAGGGAAGUACAGCCGCGAGCUUCCCAGUGACACAAGCCUACCAGACGAGCUAAACCACUUCUAUGCUCGCUUCGAGGCAAGCAACACUGAAGCAUGCAUGAGAGCACCAGCUGUUCCAGAUGACUAUGUGAUCACGCUCUCCGUAGCCGAUGUGAGUAAGACUUUUAAGCAGGUCAACAUUCACAAGGCCGCAGGGCCAGACGGAUUACCAGGACGUGUACUCCGAGCAUGUGCUGACCAGCUAGCAAGUGUCUUCACUGACAUUUUCAACAUGUCCCUGACUGAGUCUGUAAUACCAACAUGUUUCAAGCAGACCACCAUAGUCCCCGUGCCCAAGGACUCUAAGAUAACCUGCCUAAAUGACUACCGACCCGUAGCACUGACGUCUGUAGCCAUGAAGUGCUUUGAAAGGCUGGUCAUGGCUCACAUCAACACCAUUAUCCCAGAAACCCUAGACCCACUCCAAUUUGCAUACCGCCCCAACAGAUCCACAGAUGAUGCAAUCUCUAUUGCACUCCACACUGCCCUUUCCCACCUGGACAAGAGGAACACCUACGUGAGAAUGCUAUUCAUUGACUACAGCUCAGCAUUCAACACCAUAGUGCCCUCAAAGCUCAUCACUAAGCUAAGGAUCCUGGGACUAAACACCUCCCUCUGCAACUGGAUCCUGGACUUCCUGACGGGCCGCCCCCAGGUGGUAAGGGUAGGUAACAACACAUCUGCCACACUGAUCCUCAACACGGGGGCCCCUCAGGGGUGCGUGCUCAGUCCCCUUCUGUACUCCCUGUUCACCCAUGACUGCAUGGCCAGGCACGACUCCAACACCAUCAUUAAGUUUGCCGACGACACAACAGUGGUAGGCCUGAUCACCGACAACGAUGAGACAGCAUAUAGGGAGGAGGUCAGAGACCUGGCCGUGUGGUGCCAGGAUAACAACCUCUCCCUCAACGUGACCAAGACAAAGGAGAUGAUUGUGGACUACAGGAAAAAAAAGAGGACUGAGCACGCCCCCAUUCUCAUCGACGGGGCUGUAGUGGAACAGGUUGAGAGCUUCAAGUUCCUUGGUGUCCACAUCACCAAUGAACUAUCAUGGUCCAAAUACACCAAGACAGUCGUGAAGAGGGUACGACAAAGCCUAUUCCCCAUCAGGAGACUGAAAAGAUUCGGCAUGGGUCCUCAGAUCCUCAAAAAAUUCUACAGCUGCACCAUCGAGAGCAUCCUGACUGGUUGCAUCACCGCCUGGUAUGGCAACUGCUUGGCCUCCGACCACAAGGCACUACAGAGGGUAGUGUGUACGGCCCAGUACAUCACUGGGGCCAAGCUUCCUGCCAUCCAGGACCUCUAUACCAGGCGGUGUCAGAGGAAGGCCCUCAAAAUUGUCAAAGACUCCAGCCACCCUAGUCAUAGACUGUUCUCUCUGCUACCGCACGGCAAGCGGUACCGGAGUGCCAAGUCUAGGUCCAAAAGACUUCUCAACAGCUUCUACCCCCAAGCCAUAAGACACCUGAACAGCUAAUCAUGGCUACCCGGACUAUUUGCACUGCCCCCCCACCCCAUCUUUUUACGCUGCUGCUACUCUGUUAAUUAUUUAUGCAUAGUCACUUUAACUCUACCCACAUGUACAUAUUACUUCAACUACCUCAACUAGCCCGUGCCACCGCACAUUGACUCUGCACCGGUACCCCUACUGUUAUUUUAUUUUACUUCUGCUCUUUUUUUUUCUCAACACUCUUUUGUUGUUGUUUUAUUUUACUUUUUUAUUAAAAAUAAAUGCACUGUUGGUUAAGGGCUGUAAGUAAGCAUUUCACUGUAAUUUCUGCACCUGUUGUAUUCGGCGCAUGUGGCCAAUAAAAUUUGAUUUGAUUUGAGAUGUGUCGCGCUGCAUGAGGCAAAUGGUGGUCACACCAGAUACUGACUGGUUCUCUGAUCCACGCCGCUACCUUUCUUUUUAAAGGUAUCUGUGACCAACAGAUGAAUAUCUGUAUUCCCAGUUGGGCUAAUUAAUGUAUUUCAAUUGACUGAUUUCCUUAUAUGAACUGUAACUCAGUAAAAUAUUUGAAAUUGUUACAUGUUGCGUUUAUAUUUUUGUUCAGUAUAGGUAUGAUUCAAUAUUAUCAACACAGUGGUGGUUUCAUUGUGUUUCCUACAGGUAUAUCUGACAAGGGCCUAGAACAGCUGGGUAUCCCCAGUGUGGAGGAGGUGAUAGGGCAAUACAGCAGCUCUAUGGGUCUGGAGGAGGGAGUCCCGGACUGGCAGUUCUACAUGGCCUUCCAUCUCUUCUGCCUGGCAGCCAGCCACCAGGGGGAGAGCAAGAACACCAUCGCAGGUACCAGAACGUAGACCAGAGUGUAGGAGUGUGUCUCAUGCAAUAUCUUCAACGAUAAUUAAUAAUGCUUCGGAAAGGUACAUCGUGUGGAUCUUUUAAAGCUUGUCAGCUAUUACUUGGUCCUCUGUAGCUGUUGGAAGAGCAUCGCUCUUGCAACGCCAGGAUAGUGGGUUCGAUUCCCGGGACCAGCCAUAUGUUUAAAAAAAUAAAAUAAAAUAAAUGUAUGCAUGACUGUAAUUCGCUUUUGGAUAAAACCUUACAUCCGUUAUAUGAACAAUAUGUAGUUGUAGGCUUAACUAUCCCUCUUUUGCAGGACAAACCGGCUCUGGGAAGAUAGCUGAGCAGGUGGCUGACCUGGCCUGGGACUUUGCCACCAAAGAGGGCUUCCGUAUCUUCAACGCAAAGCCCAGUGCGCCUCAUGCAGGCACCUCCCCUUUAAAGGGGCAAAUAGCAGGGUGACUGCUUUCUUGUUUUUAGGAUUGCCCCUUUAAGACAAGAUUUCCGUAGCUGAAGUGAUUGGCGGCGUAGAGGAAGUCGUCUUAGUUGAGUCUAAAAAGCAUUAUUUAGCUCCAAAUAAUGCUUUUUUUGGCGCUUAAGUACGUGUACAUUACUACAUUUAUGCCCGGGAUAUUGUUUUUCAACGGGAAGAGUUCAAAAAUAACUGGAGCGGGACUUUAAGGGGUGUCUUAGAAAGGAUGACUUCUCAUCCUACCCAGACUUCCAGAGCUCAGCUGUUCAUCCACUAUUCCCUCCAGGAGCCCUGGGUAGAGAGCACCCAGGGCUACUGCCUCAGCCAGGAAAUGUCACCCUUCCCUGGGCUGGGCUGGAUCGCCCCUGGUCGUAG